GUGCAGUGGGAAAUCCGUUUCCUUCUGUUAAACUGAGAAUAGUUGAAAAAGAUGGCACAGUGGUUGCCCAAGGCGAUGGUAUGAAUGGUACAAUAACAACAAAUGAAAUGGAGGAAAGUGAAGGGGAGCUUCAUGUAAAAGGACCAUCAGUGUUUCAUAAAUAUUGGAGAAAACCACAAGCAACCAAAGAAGAGUUCACUGAGGAUGGCUGGUUCAAAACAGGAGACACUGUGGCUUACCGUGACGGGAGAUAUCAUAUAAUUGGCCGUACAUCGGUGGAUAUCAUUAAAAGUGGUGGUUACAAGAUUAGUGCUCUGGAGAUUGAACGCCAUCUACUGGCCAACCAGAAGAUUAAAGAAUGUGUCGUUUUUGGCAUACCUGAUCCAACAUGGGGAGAAAACAUAGUGGCACUGGUGGUUUUAAAUGAUGGGUACAACUUGACUUUAUUGGAGUUAAAACAAUGGGCUGCCGAUAUUCUACCAUCAUACAAGUUGCCAUCUGUUUUGAAAUGUGUGGAGAAUAUUCCCAAGAAUCCCAUGGGUAAAGUGAAUAAGAAGCAACUAAAAAGAGAUAUGUUUUCUGAUAAAUUAAAUGUUGGUCUUUAA